CCUUCGGCAUUACUUACGUGGCAGUGUCAGUGAAAACAUGGAGCAAUCACGUCCUACUUUGACUAUCACGUCGCGUCCUCGAAAUACCUACACCAUCGACCAAAUUCUUGGAAACGCAAAACAUCCCAACACAGACUCGACAGACAUGGGGUCUUCAGACUGCACACCGGGGAGCAGCGGUCCGAGAACCAAGGAAGAAGUGACGACCGCUGUUGCCGAAGGAGAGGAAGAAGGCAAACCUAGGAAAAUAAGGAGGUCUAGGACAACGUUCACCACGUACCAACUCCACCAACUCGAACGGGCCUUCGAUAAAACUCAGUACCCUGAUGUUUUCACCCGAGAAGAGCUGGCAAUGCGUUUGGACUUGAGUGAAGCCAGAGUUCAAGUCUGGUUUCAAAAUAGAAGAGCCAAGUGGAGGAAACGGGAGAAGGCGAUGGGCCGCGAGGCCUCAGGCGGCUAUGUGCAAUCCGAUCAUCCUUCUGGCUACGGCGGAGAAGUCGACCCGCUGUGGGUACCGCCAGGGAUGAUAGGUCUUCCAUGGCCCAAAGGACCCGUGGGACCUCCACUCCAGGCACUCCUGACCCACUACAUGCUAGCAGGGGUGCCCCCGAUCCCUUUCCUCGGCCGACGGCUCCCCUCGCCGACAUCACCGCCCAUUUCACCGAGGCCACCUCAAGACGCCUCGGCACCUGUCUUCCUCAAGCACGAGGUUUUUUACCCGACCACUCCCGAGUCGAAGGAGUAAAACUACGUGUAAACAUCAGCGCCUUUCUCUCUUUGCUUUAAUCAACUACCGAUCUGGAUAAUCUGAUUAAUCCAUCGGGCCGCAAUUUGAUUGAUAUCCCUGAACAAUUUUGUUAUGUGUUUUUACGAUGCAUUUGGAGGGGGGCCCUUUUUCAUCGACUCAUCCAGCAUUCGAGUCUCUUAUUUCUAUGAAAUAAGAAUAAUUCCACGUCUUAUUAACUAUUUUACGACCAAAUUUUGUACUAGUCAUCGUUAUUGUAGUCAUUUUAUUAUUACGGUUUUACACAAUUAAGCGGUGUGCUCCUUUCAGAAAAUAUAAUUGACUAUCGUAAAGACACAAAAUGAAUAUUUAAGGUGAUUGAACAUACUUGUAAAUAUAGAUUUUAAUAAGUAUAGUUAGGUUGCCACCAGUGGCUGCUUUUUUAAAAGGAACCAAACGGUUGUAUAGAUACGCGGCAGAAUGUAAAUUGUAUAGGUUAAAAAUUAACGCCGCAUAGUAAUUUGGCUGACUUUUAUUUUUAUGGAUGACCGGCCUUUACACUUGUUUCUUUCUCAGUUAGGUUCGACAUUUUUAUUUUUCGCUUAGACGUAGAUGCACGAAAAAAAGAUAUUGAAUUGUAUUCAUCUCACAUUACAGUAUAAUUUAAAACAUACAUCAUUACGUGUUUAUUUACAACUUAAUAUUUUGAUUAUAAAGCGAAAAAAUGUACCUAGAAAAAGGUAUCGUUUAAAUUAUCUACAUUCGUAAUUGGGUCAUUUCUGAUCAAUCUGGUUUGCCUAUCAGACCAAUGUACAUUGAUUAAGUUUUUUCUCACCAAACUCUUUAUUUUGAUUAUAAAAAACAAAAACAAAAUGCUUAGGAACAAAAAUGUUUACCAUACUUUAAAAUGAGCUACGCGCUCAGACCAAAAGCAUUUUAUGUGAUAAAUCCUCAGUGUUAACAAAAACUUUAUUAGUGCAUUUGUAAUUGAAGUUCUUCAAGUUUUGUUAAUAAAA